UCCUAGCAUACAAAUUCUAUAAGUAACUCCACUCUAGUUUCCAUACACAAUUUCCAAAUCACACAAUUCAAAACCCUAUCAUGACUACAGUCCCCGCCGCCGCCGGCGACCCAUCGAAGGAACAAGCGGUUGUUUUUACCCGAAUUCGCCUCGCCGACCGCUUCGACGUCCCCAACAUCCACCGCCUAAUACAUCAGAUGGCGGAGUUCGAGCUCCUCACCAACCUCUUCUCCGCCACCGAAUCAUCACUUACCUCCACCCUCUUCCCUUCCCCUCCACUCCCCCCCUUCCGAUCAUUCACCAUCCUCAUUCUCGAACUCUCCCACUCCCCCAUCCCGAAGUCCGCCGACGACGACGAUUCCAACCUAGGGUUCCGCCCGAUCCUGGGCCGAAUCGUACUCAAGUCAACUGUCGUCGAUCCGGAGUCGUCUACCUUCGCCUCCCCGCGCGGUAACGGGCUGGUGGUCGCUGGAUUCCUGCUAUGCUUUCCGAACUACUCCUCCUUCAUGGGGCUGCCGGGAAUAUACGUGGAGGACAUAUUCGUGAGGGAAGCAUGGAGGCGGCUGGGGAUGGGGAAGAUGAUGCUCGCCGCGGUGGCGGGUGAGGCUGCAAGGCUGGGAUGCGGGAGGGUGGAGUGGUGUGUGCUUGACUGGAAUGAGAACGCGAUUGCGUUCUAUAAUGGAAUGGGGGCUGAGGUUUUGCCACAAUGGAGGAUCUGUCGGCUUACAGGCGAGGAGCUCAGCAAGUUCGCCGUGGAUUAAGAGGUUUUCUCCCAUCGGCCAUAAGUUGUGCUGCUGAUUUUGUUCUCUGUUUUUUUUUUCGUUUCAUAAUAAUUUUGUGGCAAUUUUUGGAAUUAGCAAUUCAAUUUGAACAGCUCUGUCAUUGGUGCGCGCAUUUUCUGUCCGGACACCUGGCGUUACUCUAAGUGC